AUGACGGGGCGUGAUUCCCCGGUUGUUCCUCCGGCGAUCAAGUCAGCGGGCUGCUUGUGUGGAGAAGUAAAAAGAACUGUACUAGUUCUUAAGUUCUUAAGUUCAAAGAACGAUGGAAAAGAAGUUCCUCCCCCUAAAACCCUACAAGAUCUUCCUGCUGCUCCUCCCCCACCGACUCCAACUCCCUCACUUCGCAGCCCAGCCGCCCCGCCGGACGAGAACAUCCGCGAGGAGGCCGCCCGCCUCCGCGACGCCUCCACCAACCACCGCCCAACCCUUCUCCGCCCGCUACUCCCCUCGGCGCUCCGGCCGGCUCCCUCCGACGAGCACUUCACUCCCUCACGAGGUUUCGUCUACCGAUCUCGAUCCGGCGGCCUCCUCGACGUCCAGCACGACCUCGACGCCCUGAAGGAGUUCCCCGGGUCCUACUGGAGGUCUCUGUUCGACUCCAGGGUUGGGAGGACGACCUGGCCCUAUGGGUCCGGGGUCUGGAGCAAGAAGGAGUUCGUGCUGCCGGAGAUCCAUCCCGAUCACAUCGUGUCGCUGUUCGAGGGGAACUCCAACUUGUUCUGGGCGGAGAGGAUGGGGAUGGAUUAUUUGGACGGGAUGAACGAUUUGUGGGUCAAGCAUUGCGGCAUCUCACACACGGGGUCGUUCAAGGAUCUCGGGAUGACUGUCCUCGUCUCGCAGGUCAAUCGUCUCCGUCGCCAGCUCAAGCGCCCCAUCGUCGGUGUUGGCUGUGCCUCCACUGGUGAUACCUCCGCUGCCCUCUCUGCUUACUGUGCAGCUGCCCGCAUCCCUUCCAUUGUCUUCCUUCCAGCUGAUCGCAUCUCUGUUGCCCAGCUCGUCCAGCCCAUAGCCAACGGUGCCACCGUCCUCUCCCUAGACACAGACUUUGACGGCUGCAUGCGUCUCAUUCGAGAAGUCACCGCCGAGCUCCCCAUCUACCUAGCCAAUUCCCUCAACUCCCUCCGCCUUGAAGGCCAGAAGACCGCUGCCAUUGAAAUCUUGCAACAGUUUGAUUGGGAAGUCCCCGACUGGGUCAUAAUCCCUGGUGGCAAUCUCGGGAACAUCUAUGCCUUCUUCAAAGGCUUUGACAUGUGCCGAGAACUCGGCUUAGUUGACAGGGUCCCGCGGUUGGUAUGCGCGCAAGCUGCCAAUGCCAACCCUCUAUACCUUCACUAUAAGUCAGGCUGGACCGAUUUCAAACCUGUCACAGCAGGUGAAACCUUUGCAUCUGCUAUUCAAAUUGGAGAUCCUGUGUCGAUUGAUAGGGCAGUGCAUGCAGUCAAGUCUACCAACGGGAUUGUUGAGGAGGCUACAGAGGAGGAGUUGAUGGAUGCAAUGAGUCAGGCUGAUCGAACCGGGAUGUUUGCUUGCCCGCAUACCGGAGUAGCUCUGGCUGCGUUGAUUAAGUUGAGGAAUAGUGGGGUGAUAGGGACCCACGAUCGAACGGUUGUGGUGAGCACAGCUCACGGCUUGAAGUUCACACAGUCAAAGGUGGAUUACCACUCGAAAGAGAUUGCUGACAUGGAGUGCCGGUAUGCAAACCCUCCGAUAAAUGUCAAGGCAAACUUUGGGUCAGUAAUGGAUGUGUUGAAGAAGCAGCUGAGGAAUCUGUAAGUUACUCAGUUUAACGUAGUCACUUGCGUUGGGAUUUUACUGUGAGAUGUCAACCGUCUAUCUUCUAUUUAUUUGUUUUACCUUAAGAGAUGUUUUCGAAGUUUUUGGUGUACUGCAAGUUCUUUGCUCGGUACAAGUUGAACAUUUAUGUGCACCGAAAUUUUCUUUUUGCUGCUUUCAUGUAGUUUCACUUUCAUGCUUUAUACAUCUUUGUACAGAAGCGGCAUUGUAUGAGGACCGGCGUUGUAGGUGGAUCCCA